UGUUAAAUGAUUGUGAUUGAUAACGUGAGUGCGGAACCCUCGGGGCCGGACCGCAGUGACCGCUGGCGUUGGGGAGGCCUCUGCUGGCGCACCUCUCGCUGGGCGCUCCUGCUCCUCCUAUUGGUCCUGAUCUACGGCUCCCACGCCCCCCUCAUCGCUCUCACCCAAUCAGACGAGGGCGGCGUCCCCUACAGCCCCUCCUCCUGCGUCGUCCUCAUCGAGUUCGUCAAGCUGCUGGUUUCCACGGCGACGCUGCUGGCCACCGAGGGCGGGUCGGCCCUGUGCGGCGGCGUCCGCUGGGUCCUAGUGUUGCCGUACGCGGCUCCUGCCCUUCUCUACGCCCUCAACAACAACCUGGUGGUGUACAUGCAGGCCCACAUGGACCCCAGCACCUUCCAGCUGCUUAGCAACCUCAAGAUCGUCACCACGGCGACGCUCUACUCGUCGUGUCUGGGCAAGCGGCUGCGGCCAAUCCAGUGGCUGGCCCUGGGGCUGCUGACGCUGGCCGGGGGAGCGCACAGCUACAGCAGCCUGGAGAGGGAGCCCGAGGCUGGGCAGGAGGGGCACCGGGGGCCCAGGCUGCACGUGACGGGGCUGGGCCUGCUGCUGCUGCUGCUCUACUGCUCGGCGUCGGGGCUGGCUGCCGUGGUUACCGAGCGCGCUCUCAAGAGCCAGCGGCUGCCGCUCAGCCUGCAGAACAUCUUCCUGUACAGCUGGGGCGUGGCCAUCAACGUCGCCUCCCACACAGGCGGAGUCGGAGAGGGCCGGGGCUUCCUGGAGGGCUUCUCGGCGCUGGUGUGGCUGAUCGUGAUUGGCCAGGCGGCGGCGGGGCUGAUGAUGUCAGUGGUGAUGAAGCACGGCAGCGGAAUCUUGCGUCUCUUCGUCAUCUCCUCGGCCAUGCUGGUCAACGGAGCCCUCUCCUGGGCACUGCUGGGACUGCAGCUCACGCCACUCUUCCUGCUGCCCACGGGACUCACAGCUCUCGCUGCCUACCUGUACUACAGGUAACCGCCCAGGUACUAGUGACCUGUACUGUAGGUAACCGCCCAGGUACUAGUCACCUGUACUACAGGUAACCGCCCAGGUACUAGUGACCUGUACUACAGGUAACAAAGGUACUAGCGACCUGUACUACAGGUAACCGCCCAGGUGCUAGUGACUUGUACUACAGGUUUCGGCUAGGUACUAGUUACCUGCACUGCAAGUAAGGUGCCAGGUACCUUAACAGCCAGGUGCUACAAGUCACAGGCAGCUACAGGAUGUCUCUGUUGCUGUGUGUGUUUCUGUCUGCUGAUUUGGGUAAUGUGGUUAAAACCGGUUUGCUUUCCAUCCAUUCUGUUGCUGCUGUGUAGGAUUUGGUUUAUUCAUGGUUUGGGGUUUGGUCAUUACUCAUGAGAUCUCCAGUCUACUGAGCCAGAGAAGCUCCCCCCUACGUCUGGUGUCCAGUGAACAACCCCCCCCCCCCCACACACACACACACACACGCCCAGUGUCCAGUGAACACCCCCCCCCACACACACACAUACACGUCCAAUGUCCAGUGAACACCCCCCCCCCACACACACACACUCACUGUGAUGUCUUAAGACCCAGAACCCCUUUAAGCCCCCCCCUUAUGGCAAUACAGUCACUCAGCACUUUAACGAGAGAGAGAGAGAGAGAGAGAGAGAGAGAGAGAGAGAGAGAGAGAGAGAGAGAGAGAGAGAGAGAGAGAGAGAGAGAGAGAGAGAGAGAGAGAGAGAGAGAGAGAGAGAGAGAGAGAGAGAGAGAGAGAGAGAGAGAGAGAGAGAGAGAGAGAUGUGUUUGUGGAGGCAGCUGUACUGUAUGUCAGUGAGACCCACUUCUCCCUGGCCUCAUCACCUCUCUCCACUCCUCCCUCUAUCCCUCCUUCAUGAGAGCACUCUUUCCUCCCCCUGUUUCUCAGAUGUCCCCUCCUCUCCUCCCCGUCCUCUACCCUGUAGCCAGUGAUCCUGGCCAGUACAUCACACACACCACACGCCACACACACAGCUGAUGCAUCUCUCAUCUCAACUCUCUUAAAACAAUCAUUUCAAAGUGUGUGUGUGUGUGUGUGUGUGUGAAGUUUGUGUUUGAGCCAAAACAGAAAACAGGAAGGGAGAUUUGCAGGUGAGCACAGGAGUGGUCCAACUGCUAUGUGUCCACUGUAUGAGCCAUGCCAUGUAUGAGAUACCAGAGUGUCAAUAAAGACUGUAUUGCUA